UUCGUGGGAUGUGGAGAAUCGGAGACAACAGUUUAUGGCUGUUGCUCUGAAAAUGGAUUUUGAUCGUUUUGAACUUUGAUCAAGUAAGCAAGCACACAGAUAAACAUUUAGGGAAGUGUCCCGAGAAAAUACUGUCUGAGGCUUGAAUCUCUUGCUAAAGAUUGCAGAGAACUCAAAAAAUGUCCUCAAGAUUUUGUUAUUAAAGAAAUGCCAUUAAGGCACAAAGUUUGAUCGGUAGAAGGGUAUUUAGUGGAUGCUUGCUAACUCAAACAUACAUGGUUCUUUGAUGAAAGACAGAAACUUGUUGCCAAUAGGGCUUGGAACUCGUGUUCUUCUUCUUAUGUCCGAAAACAAAGCGUUGAACUUUGCCUCGCUUGAAAUUGUAUCAAGUUGACACAUUUGCCUCUGAUGCUGAGAAUUUUGAACCUUUCGAUGCUUCGACGUAUACCCGCCACGAGAUCAUGGCUUCUAAGGCGUUGUUUCUGCUCACCGUCUUCGUUCUCGGCGCCAAGCCACGACCACAUGGUUCGUCUCAUAUUGGACCAGAAGACAGCUUCGGCGGCUCUCGAGACCUUCGACUGGGCGUCAAAGUUUCCGGGUUUCACCCAUUCUCGUUCCACCUACCGAGCCCUCAUUCAUAAGCUCUGUGUUUUUCGCCGCUUCGAAACUGUCUACAAGCUGCUCGACGAAAUGCCUGGUUCAAUCGGUUUGCCUCCUGACGAUGCCAUCUUCAUCACCAUCAUACGAGGCUUUAGCCGCGCUCGGAUGAUCAAACAUGUGAUCAAGGUCGUUGAUCUGGUUUCAAGAUUUGGGAUGAAACCAUCUCUAAGUGUUUUCAAUUCGAUUCUGGAUGUUCUGGUCAAGGAAGACAUUGACUUGGCCAGAGAGUUUUUCAGAAGGAAGAUGAUGGCAAGUGGAGUUCAGGGUGAUGACUAUACAUAUGGGAUUUUGAUGAAAGGACUUUGCUUGACGAACAGGAUUGGUGAUGGUUUCAAGCUCCUUCAGAUCAUGAAGACACGGGGUGUUACUCCAAACACUGUGAUCUACAACACGUUGAUUCAUGCUCUUUGCAAGAACGGGAAGGUCGGGAGAGGCAGGAGUUUAAUGAGUGAGAUGAAGGAGCCGAAUGAUGUAACCUUUAAUAUCUUGAUCUCAGCUUACUGCAAUGAGCAGAAGUUGAUCCAGUCUCUUGUCCUGUUGGAGAACUGCUUCAGUAUAGGUCUUGUUCCCGAUGUUGUCACGGUGACUAAGGUGAUGGAAAUUCUAUGUAAUGAAGGGCGAGUAUCCGAGGCGCUUGAUGUUCUUGAGAGAGUGGAAAUCAAGGGCGGUAAAAUAGAUGUUGUAGCUUGCAACACCUUUAUAAAGGGUUAUUGCUCGCUAGGCAAAGCGAGAGUUGCUCAAGGAUUCUUGAAAGAGAUGGAGAGAAAGGGCUGUCUGCCAAAUACAGAGACAUACAACUCGUUGAUUCGUGGGUUUUGUGAAAUUGGAUCGUUGGAUUCAGCACUAGACUGUUUCAACGAUAUGAAAACGGAUGCGAUUAUACGGAACUUUUCUACAUUCAACACGUUGAUCGGUGGGCUGUCUGCAGGAGGGAGGGUGGAUGACGGUUUAAAGAUCUUAGAGAUCAUGCAGGACAGUUUAAGGGUUCGUGGUGGAAGAAUCGAUCCGUACAACAGUAUCUUGUAUGGCUUUUACCGGGAGAAUCGUUGGGAGGAAGCAGUGAAGUUUCUGUCCAGGAUGGAGAAAUUGUUUCCUAGGGCUGUUGACAGGAGCUAUAAGAUACUAAACUUCUGCAAGAAAGGCAGUGUUGAUGAUGCAAAGUUGGUGUAUGAUCAGAUUAUUGAAGAAGGAAGUCUUCCAAAUAUCCUUGUUUUCCAUGGCUUGAUUCACAGAUACGUUCAAGAAGGCUACAUGGAAGAGGCACUUGAGCUUGUAAAUGAUAUGGUCAGCCAUGACUGUUCUCCUCAAGCAUCAACAUUCAAUGCUCUGAUAAUCGGGUUCUGCAAGCAAGGGAAAGUAACGAGUGCCUUGAAGUUCAUGGAAGACAUUGCUGAAAGAGGGUGCGUUCCGGAUGGAGGAAGCUACGCUCCAUUGCUUGAUGGAUUGCUCGAGAAAGGAGAGUCUCAGAAAGCAUGGAAGCUCUUCUCACAAAUGGUGGAAAACGAUAUUAUUCCCGAUUCUUCGAUGUGGAGUUCGCUUCUGUUGUAUCUCAGCCAGGAAACAUGGUCCAAAACAGAGGGCGCGGCUUUCCGCUUACAGAGCUUAUUGCAGCACAUGAUUGAAACAGAAGCUUGAGGGCAGAGACAAUCGAAUCUGCAUCCAAACAUAAGCUUAAAGAUCGAUGCUUUCCGAACUGAAAGCUUACGUAUUCAGACAACUGACACCAGAGCUCAACACUUCUAAAGAAUACUGGCUAGGAUUGGCAAAGAUGGCUAUGUUCAUU